AUGCUGCCCCGUCAAAAACCACGGGAAAUAUUUUUGUUCGGUAAUGAUGAAGCCCUUAAACAGAUUCAGGCAAUAGAAGGCAGCGCUUCAUUGAAAGAGUUCAGUGACGACGCUAAUGGGAAGACCACUUUGCUGAGUUCAAAGGUUCAAAAGUGGCGUCUUCCAACAGUUCAUGAGUUUCUUUACACGUGUGGAAAUGCUUUAACGCUUGAUGGGUUUUCCAACAUGUUUACUACCAGCUUUACGAGUGAAAGACUUGUGCGAAUAGGCGGGGUGAUUGAUGCAGGUUUUGUUUUAAGAAUUCAACGUCCAAGUCUGCGCGAAUGCAGCGGAUAUCGGGUGCCGGACGUUGAAGCCUUGAUGCGAACAAUCACUCUUGCAGUGGCGACCUAUCAAAAAGCUUUGACCUGUUCAUUUCAUAAACGGUUCUUUAGUAAGAAUUUUGGUGUUGCUCGUUUACGCUUUUUAAGGGAAAUCUUUCACCCCACAAAGGCUGUUGGACCGUCUGUGAAAUGGUCAUUUGACGCUUAG